AGGGGCGUGUGUCAUCUUACCUGUGGAAGGGACCAGGGUUUAGUCAACCUCCGAGUCCGGCUCGGGCGUUUCACGCUGCACUCCGCCUCCCCACAGCCCGUUACAGCCGAGCUGCUCGGGAACCGGGCCGCCUCAGCUACCCGGACUGCGAGCCUCCCGCACGCGCAGGGACAGCCGGGCGGACCCGCAGCGCGCCCCGCACACCGCGACACCCUGAGACUCCCGCCAAGAGACGUUCUCCCUUCUGCCGGGGAGACGCGAACCCACAGCGAGCUCCGCCGGUGCGCGGCGCCCGCCUUCCCCAGACGCUCAUUGGCUACAGCUCCUGCCACUCAGCACCCGGACGCCCCGCGCGCGUCCCGUGGCCCCGAGGCGCUAUUCGGAGAGCGCCGCUCCCUGAUUGGUCAGCGCCGCCCUUGGCGGGUCUCGCGCUGCCUGCUGCGGCCAAUCGGGCUCUCCGCAGUCUAGAGAGCGGCCUCGCUGGAGUGGCGGUGCGGCUCUUCCCUCGGAUAAACAUCCACCCUGAAGAACAAAGAACAUCAGGAGCUAAGGGUCAGUUUAAACCUGUGGUGGCUGCUUGGAAAAUGAAGAUGCGGACUCCAGAUUGGUGCUUUAUAUAUUCUUCUUGCAAGAGUAGUGUACUAAAGGAGAGAAGUAACUGUGCUGACCAGUGACUGGAAGCUGCACGCAUUGGAAGAGAUUUGCAGAAGACACAAGCUUUCUGAGCAUUCCAUAUUGGAAGACGAGAUCUUUAGACAUGAAAAAAAUGCCUUUGUUUAGUAAAUCACACAAAAAUCCAGCAGAAAUUGUGAAAAUCCUCAAAGACAACCUGGCCAUUUUGGAAAAGCAAGACAAAAAGACAGACAAGGCUUCAGAAGAAGUGUCGAAAUCUCUGCAAGCAAUGAAGGAGAUUCUGUGUGGUACAAAUGACAAGGAACCCCCUACAGAGGCAGUGGCCCAGCUGGCACAAGAGCUCUACAGCAGUGGACUGCUGGUGACACUGAUAGCUGACCUGCAGCUGAUAGACUUUGAGGGAAAAAAAGAUGUGACCCAGAUAUUCAACAACAUCCUGAGAAGACAGAUUGGUACACGGAGUCCUACUGUGGAGUACAUCAGUUCUCACCCUCACAUCCUGUCUAUGCUCCUCAAAGGAUAUGAAGCCCCACAGAUUGCCCUACGCUGUGGGAUUAUGCUAAGAGAAUGUAUUCGACAUGAACCACUUGCCAAAAUCAUCCUCUUUUCUAAUCAGUUCAGAGACUUCUUCAAGUAUGUGGAGCUAUCGACCUUUGAUAUCGCUUCAGAUGCCUUUGCUACUUUUAAGGAUUUGUUAACCAGACAUAAAGUGUUGGUAGCGGACUUCUUAGAGCAAAAUUAUGACACAGUCUUUGAAGAGUAUGAGAAACUGCUGCAGUCAGAGAAUUACGUGACUAAGAGACAAUCUUUAAAGCUGCUAGGCGAGCUAAUCCUGGACCGCCACAAUUUUGCCAUUAUGACCAAGUACAUCAGCAAGCCAGAGAACCUGAAACUGAUGAUGAAUCUCCUGCGAGACAAAAGUCCCAAAAUCCAGUUUGAAGCCUUCCAUGUCUUUAAGGUGUUCGUGGCCAGCCCUCACAAAACGCAGCAUGUGGAGAUUCUAUUAAAAAAUCAGCCCAAACUCAUUGAAUUGAGCAGCUUCCAGAAAGAAAGGACAGAUGACGAGCAGUUUGCUGACGAGAAGAACUACCUGAUUAAACAGAUUCGAGACUUGAAAAAAGCAGCCCCGUCUGAAGGAUGGCCCCCUGCCUGA